AUGUCCCAGUAUCUUCUUCAGCACGGCUACAACCGAGGGGGAGUCGACAAAAUCCUAUUUAUCAAAAGGUCAGGUAAACACGUUACAAUCGCUCAGGUGUAUGUUGAUGAUAUUAUCUUUGGUUCCACUCAAACAGGUGCUACAGAUCAACUGGUUCAAGUCAUGCAACAGGAAUUCGAAAUGAGUAUGAUCGGUGAGCUGACCUACUUUCUAGGUCUACAGGUUCAACAAACUAAUGAAAGCAUCUUUAUAUCUCAAGAAAAAUAUGCAAAAGGCCUUCUGACGAAGUUUGGUCUCGAGUCAGCUAAAGAAGCACGAACGCCAAUAUCUACAACUACAAAAUUAAGCAAAGACGAAUCAGGAAAGCCAAUUGAUCCCACUCUAUACAGGAGCAUGAUUGGAAGUCUACUAUAUCUAACAGUAAGCCGUCCGGAAAUAAUGUUGAGUGUUGGAAUGUGUGCCAGAUUUCAAGCCGCCCCUAAAGAUUCGCAUCUCAAAGCCGUGAAAAGGAUAAUUAAAUACGUCAAAGGAACCCUAAAUUAUGGUAUUUGGAUUUCCAAUGAUACUAACCUGAAUCUUGUAGGCUACAGUGAUGUCGACUGGGCUGUGAAUGCAAAUGAUCGCAAAAGUACCUCUGGUGGUUGUUUCUUCUUUGGGAAAAACUUAGUUGCCUGGCUAAGUAAGAAACAAAAUUCGAUAUCUCUCAGCACAGCUGAAGCUGAAUAUAUUGCAGCUGGUAGCUGCUGUACACAACUCUUGUGGAUGAGACAAAUGCUGCUAGAUUAUGAAGCUGCUCCAGGAUCUGCUCCAGGGGAUGUUGGGGUAUCGAUCCAUGACAUUGUCUCUGAACCUGAGGAUCCUUCUAUUCAAGCGGCCAUUAUGUCGGAUAUUAUCGCCAAUAUACCUAACUCUGCUCGUGUUCAAAGAUCUGUCCCGGUCAUCGUUGUGCCGUUUGCAUCAUCUAACGCAAAGGGGAAGGCCAAAAUCACUGAUCCGGAUGAUCCUCCAGUUGCUCCUGUCCCUGCUCUGGCUGUUAAGAGGAAGCUAAAUUUGUCUGCCGAUGUUGAGUUUGUAUCUGAGACUCGCCCAAGCAAACGCUAA